AUGGAUCGUCGUCACAGCCCGAAGCGGCGGAAAAUCGACCCCGAAGAAUACUCAAUCGCUCCGCGUCCCAAGUUUCGCAAGCCGAAUCAACCUGCCUCUUCUCGCGCCCAUACGUCCAGGAGCCAGGAAGAUGGUGAUAAUCCCAAGCAAGGGUCCUUUGAUGGCCCAGAGCCGUUGGUAGAAGACUUCGAUUCUAUGGCGCUCGAUCGCGACUGGUACGGCGGUGAAGAGAAUGGGCAUACCUUUGGUGACGAUACGCAUAAUCCUUUCGGUGGGAGUACGUGGCUGGAGGCCCAACGAGAGGCUGCUCUGACAGAGAAGAAGCAAAACAACCGAGCAAGCAUGCGGGCACAGCAGAAACAAAAGGACGUAGACGCAUGGGAGACAAAUCGAAUGCUACAGUCUGGAGUAGCCCAAAGAAGACGCUUCGACGAUGACUUUGACGACGACGAAGAGGGCACGCGCGUCCACAUUCUUGUGCAUGACCUCAAACCGCCGUUCCUAGAUGGAAAGACCGUCUUUACCAAGCAAAUUGAUCCAAUCUCGGCCGUACGCGAUCCACAGAGCGACAUGGCAGUAUUCAGUCGGCGCGGCAGUCGCGUUGUAAAGGAGAAGAGGCAACAGAAAGAACGACAGAAGCACGCACAGGAAGCCACGAGUGCAAAGGGCACCACACUGGGUAACAUUAUGGGCGUCAAGGAGGAGGAUACCGACAGUGCUGCCCCUGGGCCGGAAGAGGAGAAACAAGGGGGCAGCAAGUUUGCACAACAUCUCAGUAAACAGGAAGGUGCAAGUGCAUUUAGUAAGAGCAAGACAUUGCAAGAGCAAAGGCAAUAUCUUCCCGCUUUUGCAGUCCGCGAAGAUUUGCUUCGAGUUAUUCGAGACAAUCAGGUCGUCAUCGUUGUUGGCCAGACUGGCUCCGGAAAGACGACCCAACUGACACAGUUUCUGUUUGAGGACGGUUAUGCCAAGCAAGGACUUAUCGGCUGUACACAACCACGUCGUGUGGCUGCUAUGAGUGUUGCGAAGCGUGUGAGUGAAGAAAUGGAGGUCAAGCUGGGUGGUCAGGUUGGAUAUGCAAUUCGAUUCGAGGAUUGUACCAGCAAAGAGACAAAAAUCAAGUACAUGACAGAUGGUGUCUUGCUUCGAGAAUCGCUAGUUGAGCCCGACUUGGACAAAUACUCAUGUAUCAUCAUGGACGAGGCGCACGAGAGAGCGCUGAACACUGAUGUGCUGAUGGGCCUCCUUAAGAAAGUUUUGGCAAGGAGAAGAGAUUUGAAGCUAAUUGUCACAUCCGCCACCAUGAACUCGGAGAGAUUCUCGCGUUUCUAUGGAGGAGCUCCCGAGUUUGUAAUUCCCGGAAGAACCUUCCCUGUCGAUAUCAACUACGCACGAUCCCCGUGUGAGGACUAUGUCGACAGUGCUGUCAAGCAAGUGCUAGCGAUACACGUAUCCCAAGGACCUGGUGAUAUCCUAGUUUUCAUGACGGGUCAGGAAGAUAUUGAAAUCACCUGUGAGCUUGUUGCUGAACGACUCAAACUUCUCAACGACCCGCCGAAGCUCAGCAUUCUUCCCAUCUACAGUCAAAUGCCUGCCGAUUUGCAAGCAAAGAUUUUUGACCGAGCAGCACCAGGUGUACGCAAGGUCAUCGUAGCCACUAACAUUGCAGAAACGAGUUUGACAGUCGACGGUAUCAUGUACGUGGUGGACGCCGGCUUCUCAAAGCUCAAAGUCUACAAUCCGAAAAUGGGUAUGGACACCCUUCAGAUUACGCCCAUCUCACAAGCAAAUGCAUCUCAGCGUGCCGGUCGCGCAGGACGUACAGGACCUGGCAAAUGCUUCCACCUGUACACUGAGAGAGCUUUCCGAGAUGAGUUUUACAUACAAACCAUCCCGGAAAUCCAACGAACCAACCUCGCCAACACCGUACUCCUACUCAAGUCGCUUGGAGUGAAAGACCUCUUGGAUUUUGACUUUAUGGAUCCACCCCCUCAAGACACCAUAACAACCUCUCUCUUCGACCUCUGGGCUCUAGGUGCCCUCGACAACAUUGGCAACCUCACCGAGCUUGGCCGCACCAUGACAGCCUUCCCUAUGGACCCCUCUCUCGCCAAACUCAUCAUCACAGCCACUGAAUAUGAAUGCAGCGAAGAAAUGCUCACAAUCGUCGCUAUGCUGUCCGUCCCUAGCGUCUUCUACCGCCCCAAGGAGCGCCAAGAAGAAUCCGAUGCCGCACGCGAGAAAUUCUUCGUCCCGGAAUCUGACCACCUAACCCUCCUCCACGUCUACACGCAAUGGAAAGUAAACAACUACUCAGACAGCUGGUGCAUCCGCCACUUCCUUCAUCCUAAAGCGCUGCGCCGCGCCAAGGAAAUCCGCGACCAGAUCCACGAUAUCAUGACUAAGCAGAAGAUGGCCCUCGUCUCCUGUGGCACAGACUGGGACGUUAUCCGCAAAUGCAUCUGUUCGGGAUAUUAUCACCAAGCCGCUAAGGUCAAAGGCAUAGGCGAAUACAUCAAUCUCCGCACUUCGGUUACCAUCCAAUUACAUCCUACAUCUGCCCUCUAUGGCCUCGGCUACCUCCCCGAUUACGUCGUCUACCACGAGCUCAUCCUCACCAGCAAGGAGUAUAUGUCGUGUGUUACCAGCGUGGAUCCACAUUGGCUGGCUGAUCUAGGUGCCGUGUUCUACUCGAUUAAAGAAAAAGGGUAUUCGGCGAGGGAUAAACGGAUAAUAGAGACGGAGUUUAAUCGCAAGGCUGAGCUUGAGACGCAGAUGGCGGCAGAUAAGGCAAAGGAGGAGAAGAGGAUUAGGGAGGAGGAGGAAGGGCCUGUAGUUAAGAAGGCGGGGGCUGUGAAGAAGGUGGUUGAGGACGGGGAUGGCGUGGUCAAGAGGCCGGUGCUUGGGAAGUCCAAGUUUAGGCGGAGGUGA